AUGGAUUACGUCAGGAAUGAUGAGUUCUGUGUUCUGUUACGGUUGGGCAUUCAGGAUGAUGACAACACUGUACCUUCUGCUCCUGAGCCUCCGAGUCUUCUCUUGCAUGAACGUGGAACGGGUUUCUGCUUUGAUUCCAGUUUCGAUGUGCACAAGAAGUGCCCUCUUUGCGAUGUGCUGUUCCCACCUAACUACGAUCAGAGCAAGUUUGAGGAGCACGUCGAGAGCCACUGGAAGGUGUGCCCCAUGUGCAGCGAGCAGUUCCCGCCCGAUUAUGAUCAGCAAGGGUUUGAGAGGCACGUUCAGACGCACUUUGAUCAGAACGUAUUAAAUUUCGAUUAAGUACUUUGUUUUGCAGUGUAGCUUAAAAACCACCACUUUGAGUAGUCCCACCUACGGCACCAAACCAGUGCAGCUUUUCUGUAACAGUGCAAACUUCUGAGUAAAAGCUAACGUACUCUCAUGGGAGC